AGUGCAUGAAGCCCAUGGAGCCUAAGAAUGGUUUUCUGAAGUGUAAAGACAGUCAAACAAGGGUUGCAGGCCGUACUCGCGGCGACACAUCAAGAGGGAGCAGGCCCAACUAUAUUAAAGGGACCAUCUGUGAAUAUGUAUGUGACGUGGGAUAUGUUAUUCCGACAACGCAGCUUAAAAAGACUGUAAUACAAUGCCAGGCACCUAACUGGAACAGUACUAUGGAUCCAGAGUGUACAAGAAUUGUACCUCCAAGUUACGACCCUGAAGACUGUCAGGACCAAACGCUUACGGUUGAAAAUGGAUUUGGGUAUGUGCAGAAACCCAGGUUUAAGGCGGUGGAUGGGACUGAACUUGAAGUAGAAUGUACUAUAAACGGACAACUCAAACCAGGAGAAUAUGAAAACUACUGCGAGGCGACCGAUCCUGAGUUACGUGUGUCCACUCGCUGUUCGUACAGAAUUAGCAUCAAAGCUUCUAAUUGUGACGCUCUACAGGAAAUAGACCAUGGUUUCGUAAUUUGUGAAUCGUCUGAAUCUAGUCGUUUACUUGUUGGAACAGUUUGUAAUUAUGUAUGUGAAGAAGGUUACGUCAUUCCCACUAGCCAAUUACAGUACGCUUCCUUGACAUGCUUGUUGGACCUAUCUUGGAAUUCUUCUCAAGUACCAGAAUGCCGAAAGCGCGUGGUUCCGGAACCUGUUUUGGGGGCCUGUGAAGAUCAGAGUUUUGAGACUGAAGAACCACAGUCCGUGACUGUAAAUCAUCCCGUCUUCGUCACUGCUAGUGGAGAAAAUGCUGAGGUUACAUGUUCCUUCCUAUCAGUAUCGAGCCACGGCACGCACGAGAACACGUGUCAUGCAACUGAUCACGAGCUUAGGACGUAUACUUCCUGCAAGUAUAAAAUUAUCAUCAAGGAACCUGCCAGAACCGACUCAAGCUUUAGACGAGGAUGUGGUGUGCUGAAUGCGCCGGCCAAUGGUCAGAUAAAUUGUCAAUCAAACAAAGAAGUUUUUAGGUGUCGAUUUAGAUGCAUGGAUGGAUUUUCUAUGGCGGAAACUUUCUCCGUUAUCCGUCGGGGUUACGUAGAGUGUGAUCCACUACAAGGAAUAUGGGAUUUCCAGCGAAUCCAUGGCAUUGACAGUCUUCCUGACUGUCUUGGUGAACUCCCAACGACAUCACUUCAAGCUCCCGCUAAGUUUAAGGUUGGCGUGACCAACUGCUCAGAUCACUUGCUCCUGGAGAGAUUGAUGACGACCAUCAAGGAGGGUCUUUUGAAGCAUAACAGGGACGUUUGUCAAUCAAUUCAGUGUCACAAUUUUGGCUUUUUAUGUUCCCGAGACGGAGUAACAGGACGUGAAGCCUUGGAAACCACGUGGCUAGUACAGACACAAUAUAUCCCAGAAGAGUAUGAAUAUCUUGAUGGAAUUACCAAUGCUGAAGCUUUGAUAGAAGAGGUACUUCUUCAUACCAAGGAAAUUGUGAGUUCUAAUACAGAGCUUAAGCAAGAAAUAGAGGAGGAAGGAGCAGAUUUAUGGUCACAUUCAUUUCAUCAAGACAAGUUUAGUCUAGUUUGCAAUGAACCAGGAUACACAGUGGAUCCUUUCACCAACAAAUGUUUGGAAUGUCCGAGAGGGACAUACGAAGACAAGGGAGAGUGUUCCUCCUGUCCAGAAAACUUCUAUCAGGACAAAACUGGACAGUCCAAAUGCAAACCAUGUCCAGAAGGAACGUUUUCUACUGCCCAAACCAAGUCGAAAUCGAAAUGUAAAGAGAACGACAGUUGGUUAGAAAUGGGCGAGUUUGCCAGAGAACAGCCAUACAGACAUCCGAUUUCGGUGGACAAAUGUGAACUCAACCCUUGUAAUCAUGGUGGCACAUGCAUCAAGACUCAAGGCUCUUACUUCUGUUCAUGUAGACCUGGAUUUAAAGGUCAGAACUGCGAAAUUCCACAUUGUUCAAGUAGCUAUUGUCGAAAUGGGGGAUCCUGCCAUCUGAUGGUUACUGGUUCCUUUGGGUGUUUGUGUCCACCAGGCUAUCUGGUAAUCGUUGUGACAUUAGAACAGGAGAGAGAAAUCCAUGUUUAAUCAACAAGUGUCGGAAUGGAGGAGUGUGUAGACCAACUGAUCAGAGCUACAAGUGUUCUUGUCCUUCCAACUAUAUAGGUGAUCAUUGCGAGUUUGUAAGAUGCCACGACCCCUACCGGCAGGGUUACUGUCUCAAUGGAGGGGGGUGUGGUCUGAUGACCGAACAGUGGAAUAUGGUGUGUCUUUGUGCACCUCACUUUCUGGGACGUCGUUGCGAAUUUCGUGAAGUUUCCACACCAACGACGAACCACGAUAGCGCUUACUUCGGAAUCUCGUAAAACUGAGUUGUCAUGGAAACCAGGAUCCAUCAGCAACCUGUGUUCACCAUCGACCCCUGGUAGCUGUCACUUGAAGUAGAAUAAGUGUGUGGUUACUAGUUGAACGUUUUUGUAACUUAAAGAGUUGUGUUCAACUGAUAAGUAUAUCCCAAACUUCUCUUUUUCGUCUUUUAACUUACUAUUUGCUUUGUAGCUUAUUAAUUUCAAUAAACAUAUAUUUCACAGUUGCCUAA